CUAUCCCCAACCCCAACCCUCCCCACCAAACCAAAAAACAAUAAAAAUGCCAGACCUCAAAGCCCUAGUCAUACCAGCCGCAAUCCUCCUCGCCCUCCUCUCAAUCCCCCUCCUCUUCCCCGAAUACCUACCCUGGCUCAAACCCCCAAAAUCCAACAACCUCCACAAGCAAAGCAGCGAAAUAACUGCCCUACGAAUCUACCCCAUAAAAUCCUGCCGCGGCCUCUCCCUCCCCAAAUCAACCCUAACAAUGCAAGGCCUCGACCUCGACCGCCGCUGGAUGCUCAUCGACGCCAACACCAACACCUUCCUCACAAUCCGCCAAAUCCCCCAAAUGACCCUCAUCAACACCGCACUCUCCCCCGACGCCUCCACACUCAUCAUCACCUUCACCGGCCAACCCAAAACCGUCCGCGUCUCCACCCGCCCCGACAAAUCCUGGCUGGAAACCCACACCACCCUGUCCCAAGUCUCCAUCUGGGAUAUCCCAACCGACGCCCACAUCUACGGGCCAGAAAUCAACAACCCGUUCUCGGAAUUCCUGGGCCGGGAGGUCUGUCUCGUGUACAAGGGUCCCACGCCACGGGUUAUGCGCGGGAACGGGGAUCCGCGGCUGCUGGGUCGGACGCAGAGUGUGAAUUUCCCCGAUGUGCAUCCUGUGCUUAUUGCCUCUGAGGCGUCGAUAGGGGAAUUGAAUAAGAGGCUUGUGGGAGGCGGUGCGGAGGCGAUUAGCGUUGAGCGGUUUCGGCCGAAUGUUAUUGUUAAGGGCGUGGUGCCGUGGGAGGAGGAUAAGUGGAAGGUUGUGAGGAUUUCCAGAAGUGAGGGCCACGGCGAGGGCACCGGGUUGGAUGUGGAUGUUGUGGCGCGGUGUACGAGGUGCCAGGUGCCGAAUGUGGAUCCGGAUACGGCGGUUAAGCAUAAGACGCAGCCGUGGAAUACGCUUAUGGGGUAUCGGCGGAUUGAUGAGGGGAUGAAGUAUAAGCCUUGUUUUGGGAUGUUGAGUGCGCCGAGGAGGGAGGGGGUUGUGGAGGUUGGGAUGAGGUUGGAGGUGUUGGAGGUUACGGGGGCGCAUCGGUAUGUUAAGGGGUUUUGAGGGCUUGGGAGUGUGUGUAUUUGUUUGGGAUUAGCGGGUUUCUGUAUUGGGUACUUUGUAAUAUCAUGGCA